CUUGUGGUCGCCGUGGGUUCUUGGUAGCGAGGCAGCUCGCUCGUUCUGCGAUCUAUUGAGAGUGGCUUCCAAGAGCCCCGUGCCUAUGUCGGGGAGGGAGGGAAGAUGGCAGCCGUGGCGGCAGGCGGCCUGGUGGGGAAGGGGCGCGACAUCAGCCUAGCAGCCCUGCAGCGCCACGACCCCUAUAUCAACCGCAUCGUGGACGUGGCCAGCCAGGUGGCUCUGUACACCUUCGGCCAUCGGGCCAACGAGUGGGAGAAAACUGAUGUGGAAGGAACCUUAUUUGUUUAUACAAGGUCUGCUUCUCCAAAGCACGGAUUCACCAUUAUGAAUAGGCUGAGCAUGGAAAAUAGGACAGAACCUAUUACUAAAGACUUGGAUUUCCAACUCCAGGACCCUUUCCUUCUCUACAGAAAUGCCAGAUUGUCCAUCUAUGGAAUUUGGUUUUAUGAUAAGGAAGAAUGCCAAAGAAUUGCAGAGCUUAUGAAAAAUCUAACUCAGUAUGAACAGUUGAAAGCCCAUCAGGGAACUGGAGCAGGAAUUUCCCCGAUGAUCCUCAAUUCAGGAGAGGGCAAAGAGGUAGAUAUUUUACGAAUGCUCCUCAAGGCCAAAGACGAAUACACAAAGUGUAAAACCUGUUCUGAGCCAAAAAAGAUAACCAGUUCCUCUGCCAUCUAUGACAAUCCCAAUCUCAUCAAACCAAUUCCAGUGAAACCCAGUGAAAACCAGCAACAGCGUAUACCUCAGCCCAACCAGACCUUAGACCCUGAACCCCAACACUUAUCCUUGACAGCUCUAUUUAGGAAACAGGACAAAGCUACUUGUCAGGGAACUGUGGAGGCUCCACAGACUCUCCACCACCACCAGCAGCAGCAGCAGCAGCAAGAGAAGCUUCCAAUUAGGCAGGGGGUUGUACGCUCCCUGUCCUAUGAGGAGCCCAAAAGACACUCACCCUCUAUCGAGAAGCAGCUCUGUCCAGCCAUUCAGAAACUCAUGGUCAGGAGCGCAGACCUCCUCCACCCAUUGUCAGAGCUGCCUGAAAACCGGCCUUGUGAAAAUGGCAGUGCCCAUUCUGUGGGAGAAGUUUUUACAGGACCUGUCCAGCCAGGGUCUCCUCACAACAGUGGGAUUUCUCAUGGUGUACAAAAUGCUUCGAGAACUCAGAACCUGUUCGAGAAGCUUCAGAGUACCCCAGGGACAGAAAACAAGUGUGACCCUAGUACACCAGCACAUGCCAGCUCAGCUGCCCUGAACCGCAGCAGAGCUCCCACUUCUGUCACCCCUGCGGCUCCAGGAAAGGGUCUGACUCAGCCACCACAGGCCUAUUUCAAUGGCUCCCUUCCACUCCACACAGUAGGACGUCAGGCUCAUGGAAGAGAACAGUCCACCCUCCCAAGACAAACACUCCCCAUCUCUGGUAAUCAGACUGGCAGUUCUGGAGUGAUCUCCCCUCAAGAGUUACUGAAGAAGCUUCAGAUUGUGCAGCAGGAGCAGCAGCUGCAUGCCUCUAACCGGCCAGCCUUGGCCGCUAAGUUUCCUGUGCUCACUCAGAGCUCUGGAACAGGGAAACCCUUGGAAUCCUGGAUCAACAAGACAUCCAGCACAGAACAGCAGACUCCUCUUUUCCAGGGUGCCAGACGCCACCUCCAUGCAUCUUGAUUGCCUGAACUUUCUACCUGGAAGGAGAAUCUUCACUUUGGUUAACGAUCUGAGAACUUCCCCCCACCUUUUUGAGAGCAUUUCCUUGUAGAGUUAAAUCUUCAUAAUGUUAGGAGGUCUGAAGACCAACACAGACACGGGAGAAAACCCUAAGUUUUGACUAUAGGAACUUAGUGUGAUCUGCCUUGAAAUCAAUCUGGAAUGCCAAGCAUCUGACCUCUUCUUGUUUUUCAGUCCACAGUAAAUUUUUGCUUAUUCACUUAUUUAGUAAAUAUUUUUGAGCACUUACUAUGUGUCAGGCAUUGUCUACAUGUGGGUACAUAAUGAUGAAGAAAACAGACUCCUUACCUCUACCCACAGCCCAUGCUGUAGGUUCUUGAAAUAAACAAAAAACAGCAUAUUUCCUCCUUGAAGGUGCAGCCUGUUUUUAUCCUUCUCUGUAUCGUCAGUAUAGCCUACAGAAGAUCAGGAGAGAUACGCAUGCCACCCACCUCCACCCCCCCCACAAACUGCCAGAGAGGGAGAAUAUGACCGUCUUUAGAAAUAUUCUGUCCUUUGGGGAAGACGCUUCUCCAUGUCUAUCACUGA